GUGAAGCAAAGGAGCUAAAAGACUUGACCAAGAUUGUGCAGAAAACCUACAGCAGAACCUGGAAGUGAAAUCAGACGAUCCGACUCCUUAUCCUAUGUUCCAGUCACAGGUCUUUCCUUCCCAUCACCUAUGAGGUACAAAAGACAACUGUAAAACUGGAAACCUUUCUGGGAAUUUGCUUGGCUCCACAAAGAACAUACAGGGAUAUCAGCAACCUAUUGCUGUGGAUGGUGCCUACCUAGAGGAGUGCCAAGAUGGAUUCUGAACUCACCAUUCUACAAUGUAGAAAAGGCAGCUUGACUGGCUGGCUGGAUGAAAGCAGAAAAAGUCUCAUACAUCAGCUUUUUUAUGACUCUGGGUGAUUCAGUGGAAGAAAUCGAUCUGACUGUGGUUUACCAAGCAGCUGCUAAUGGUGAUGUCAACACACUGACUGCAGUGAUACGUGAAGAUCCUUCAAUAUUAGAAUGUUGCGACACUGAGGGUUGCACCCCCUUGAUGCAUGCCAUUUCAGGACGCCAAGUUGAUACAGUGAAAUUGCUGUUGAAGAUGGGAGCAAAUAUUAAUACUCAAGAUGCCUGCGGACGCACCAGUUUAUCUCUUGCAACUUACUUGGGAUGGCUUGAAGGCUGUGUCAGUCUGCUCAGAAAUGGUGCUAAGCAGAACAUACCUGAUAAAAAUGGGAGACUGCCACUGCAUGCUGCUACCGCAGAGCCUGAUGUGAGGCUUCUAGCAGUGCUGCUGCAGCAAUCACAUCUAAGUGAAAUUAAUCAUCGGGACAAUGAGGGAAUGACUGCACUUCACUGGGCUGCUUUCCACAAUCGUCCCCAGCAUGUGCAAUCACUGCUGCAGAGAGGAGCAGAUCCAACUCUGGUGGACAAAGACUUUAAAACAGCUCUUCACUGGGCAGUACAGAGUGGAAACAGGAUUCUGUGUUCCAUCAUUCUGAACCAUCACCAAGGUCCAUCAAUAAUAAACUAUGACGAUGAGAAUGGGAAGACAUGUAUGCAUGUUGCUGCUGCUGGUGGUUAUAGUGACAUUAUCAGUGAGCUGGCUAGAGUCCCAGAGUGCAAUCUGCAGGCCCUUGAUGUGGAUGACAGGACACCUCUGCACUGGGCUGCAGCAGCAGGGAAAGCUGACUGUGUGCAGACGCUGCUGCAGCUGGGAAUAGAAAGUAGCCCUCGGGACAUCAAUGAAAACACUCCUCUGACAUAUGCAAUGUAUUGUGGACACACAGCAUGUAUCAAGCUGCUUUCUCAGGAGAACAGUAAAUCUGAGCCAGUCCAUCACCCUCCUUCACAGAACAAUAAAUUCCUAAAAAAGGAAGGAAGAUUCAGUGUGCUUAACCAAAUCUUCUCCUGCAAAAAGAAGAAAGAUGAUCAGAAAACAAACCAGAAAGACAGAGGCAGAGACAAAUAUCAAAGGGAAGAAACCUCAGAAGUUGAUGACAUUAUCACUACAUUUGAUUGCAUUAUGGACACAAACUGUCAAGACUACUCUGAGGAAUAUAUGACUACUGUUGACUUUAAAAGAAGGAGCACAGAUACCCAGAAGUACCUCACAUCAGAAAAGAAGCAGUCAGAGUGUAAUGGACUUCCACCAAUAAGAACACAAAGUCUCCCUCCCAUUACUACAGGCAGUUCUUUUCUAACAACUUCCCUGAGUGCAGCUUCAAGUGUUUCCUUGAGUACUAGUGCCUACCAUUUUGCACACAGGUCUCAGAAAAGUAGAAGUGAACAUGACUUGUUAGAUCACAGAAGUAGCUGCCAGAUUUUAUCAGACAAUCCUUGGAACACAGACGCUAACCAAAUACUCUCAUAUAAAGUCUGUACUGCAACUUCUUCAGAUAAAUUGAUAGAUGGUUUACUCUCUGAAAGAUCCAGCCAUGUGCUUUUGUGCCCUCCCCACCUUCCCUAUCUGCCUAGCUCUCCAUCAGGGAAAAGUUUUCAACAGAUGUCCCUAGACCGACCCAAAGUAAAAGACCUUACUCCUGUUCGGAACAAUCUAGCUCCAAUACCACACCACUGUGUUCAGAAAACACAGCUACCACCUACUGAAGUUUCUCAGGGUGUCAAGAAGUCAAAGUCUCUGUCUUUAAACUCCUUAAGGACUGGCACAACUAUUCUCCCACCAGCACUUACCUCCAAAUCCCAGAGAGGAGGACUUUCUCAGAGUCAUUCACUGUAUUCCUUCUUACCUGUUCUAUCAGGAGAGUCUCUCAGAACAAGCCGUGUGUUGCCUGCUAUCCCGAGCCAGAAGGAGUCCACUCUCACAGUAGAAUAUUUUAAGAAAUUUUCCAGCAAAUCAGACAGUGAAAAUUAGCUCAUCUUGCUGGCCUCAGAUAUGUAGAUGGAAAUAUUUCUAAGCUUUUUACAAUAUUGCUUUAUAGUAGAACCUCACUAAUUUACACUCAUGAAAGCAGAUAUGAACUAGACUGUUAAUGAUUAAACAAUUUAAAAAGCAAGGAUAAUGCAUCACACAAAGGUAUUUUGUGCAUUAUUUUGACAUUUCUAGUGUAGAUUUAAUUUAUGAUUCAUUUGACAGUGAGUAGUAAAUAUAAUGUAGUAUAUUUUCUUAAAGGAGACCCUAGUAACAUCAACUCCACUAUGCUAUUAAAUCUUUGCUGAGAGGGAGGGCUAGAAUGACAGGUUUUGUGUGUGACUCAUAAGGUGUUUGUAUAAGUGAAACAUGAGUUGGUGAGGUUCUACUGCAGUUCACAAAGCUAAGACUCUGAUGUUAAAGCCACAUGCUGUUGAAAACCAACUUUUUUAAAAGCUAAAAUUCUCAACUCUAAGGAAACAUCAGUUUUGGUAAAUCAGUAGUUAUUUUCUGAUUUAUUUCUAAUACAUUUUCUACACUGUGAAUUGGUGAUUUUUGUGAUCUCCAUGUGCCAAAAAAUGUAAUAUAAAAAACAAAUAUUUGCAGGACAGACAAGGCCAUGGUAUGGGCCUUUCAAAAUGUUUGCUGAUUGCACAGAUUGAUUUAUGUAUCUGAUUUAUUUAAUAUUUUCUAUUCUGCAAAAACCAAGACACUGUAUUAUUUUCAUAAACAAGGAUUACUCAAUCAGGUCAGUGUGAUUAGCUGUUAUUUCACAAUUUAAUCUUUCUGAUCUAAAAAUUAAACAAAAAUCAAAACAAAGCCUUUCAAGCAACAGUAAUUUGCAUUUCGUUAUACUGGGCAUGAUUUAUGGUCUUUCACAAAACAUUUCCUAACACUGUAUUUUACUGGAGGCAGACAGAGUUAGUCAUCUUAAGAUUGCUCCAGGGUACUCAUUUUAUUACUUUUCCCUAUUAUAGUAAUCAAUUAAUAACUUUCUUCUUCAUUUCUAGUCAGAUAUAUGGAUUGGUUAACUCAAAAUUUCCACUCUGCCUAAGAGAAUGGAACAAGCAGUCUCAAGCAGUUCUAGAUAUAUGAUUCUUUCUUAAUUGCCUCAUAGUAGAGGCCAAAUCCAACACAG